AUGGGAAUCAAGCAGCUGUACCAGGUCAUCAAGGAUGAAUGUCCAGAUGCCUACAAAGAGGGCGAGAUAAAAAAUCAAUUCGGCAGGAAGGUUGCGAUUGAUGCCUCUAUGAGCAUUUACAGCUUCCUGAUCGCCGUUCGCUCAGGAGGAGAGAUGCUCACAAACGAAGAUGGUGAGACAACUUCACAUUUAAUGGGUAUGUUCUACCGCACCCUGCGAAUUGUCGACAAUGGUAUCAAGCCGCUUUACGUAUUUGAUGGCGCUCCUCCUAAGCUUAAAUCUGGCGAGCUGGCGAAACGGUUUCAACGAAAGGCCACCGCAACUGAAGGAUUGGAGGAGGCAAAGGAGACUGGUACCGCGGAAGACAUCGAGAAGUUCUCACGCCGGACGGUUCGAGUUACAAGGGAACACAAUGCGGAAUGUCAACGCCUGCUGAAGCUUAUGGGUAUUCCCUACUUGAUCGCCCCCACAGAAGCAGAGGCCCAAUGCGCUGUUCUCGCCAGAGCCGGCAAGGUAUACGCUGCGGCGAGUGAGGAUAUGGACACGCUGUGCUUCGACUCUCCCGUAUUGUUAAGACAUCUUACAUUCAGCGAACAGAGAAAGGAACCAAUUCAAGAGAUCUUUCUGGAAAAGGUUUUGGCUGGUCUGGAUAUGGAUCGGAAGCAGUUUGUCGACCUUUGCAUCCUCUUAGGCUGCGACUAUCUCGACCCCAUUCCUAAAGUCGGUCCUCAUACAGCUCUAAAGUUAAUCCGCGAAUAUAAAACCCUCGAGAACUUUGUAGAAGCAGUCCAGAACGACCCAAAAUCAAAGUAUACCAUCCCAGAAGACUGGCCCUUCGCCGACGCCCGCGAGCUCUUCCUCAACCCCGAUGUCAGACCAGCCGACGCCCCUGAGUGCGAAUUCAAGUGGGAAGCCCCUGACAUUGACGGUCUCAUCCAAUUCCUCGUCACCGACAAAGGAUUCUCAGAAGACAGAGUCCGAGCUGGUGCCGCAAGAUUGCAGAAGAAUCUUAAGACUAGCCAGCAGGCAAGAUUGGAAGGAUUCUUUAAGCCAAUUCCGAAGACGGAGGCCGAGAUCAAGAAUUUAAAACGGAAGAACGAUGAGAAGAAUGAGGAGAAGAAGAAGAGGCUGAAGGAGGAGAAAAAGGAGAAGGCGAAGGCGAAGUCUAAGCCUAGAGGCGGGGGAUAA